AUGAGCUUGGAACCACAAGACCGCACUGGGAGAGCGACCGCCGACAAACUUAUCGACACCACAAGCCGCAUGGAGUUCACCAGUCGGAUUUUUGUGCCCCUGGAAAAAGGCGCUGUCAUGCGAAGCUUUCCGAAACUCAGAAAGACAUUUGCCGCCGCCACCGUCACCUUUAACGUCACGGACGACUUUCCCAAGGCAGCGGCUACUAAGAUGCUCUCCAUCAUGGGAAUUUGUGAUCAAUGUCCCCUCCAGUUUGCGUUUUAUGCGAGGAUAUACCGCUAUCACAAACAACGUCUCACAGAUGACAGACUUGUCACCGUGAAGCGCAAAUACGAAUGGUGGGAGUUGAAAUUGAUCCACAUGGUCAACGACAACAAUCUGGAGAGUACCUUAUCUGCAGUGUACGAGCACCUGAAGAGCAAAGCUGAGGGCUACACCGCCCCGUCACUGCAGGGUGGCAUGCUAGACGCUCUGUCCGUGGAAACGCGAUUGGCAAAGAAAGAUUUGAUCAACCUCAUUGAUGCAUUUAACGGAGCAGAAGGAGACAACCUUGGAUCCAUCCAGGAACUGGUGCAGCGUAUGUUGCCGCACUGCCACCCGUCUGACCACAGUCAGACGGCAGCCUGA